AUGAAACAAAAGAGUAAAUCAGAUAGAGUGUUUAAUGUGAAGAAGCAGAAUGCACCUGCUGCUGCUGCCAAUGCACCGGCUAAUGGCGCCAGCAAGGUGGUCAACCCAUUCGAUCGAAAGACAAACAGGGUCAAGCAUAGUGUCCUCGGAAAGAAGGUCAUCGGUACAUCCGGUAACAGAGGUCAAUCAAGAUAUAAUGAUAUUGAAAGGAGAAAGAAGACAUUGUUGGUUGAGAUGAACUUGGCCAACAAGAGUAAUCAAUUCAAUGAUUCUAGAUUCGAAGAGACCAACACUGCCAUGUCUGAGGAGGACAAGAUGCUUGCUCGUUUCCAAAAAGAGAAGAUGAGAAACAAAAGCCUUUAUAACUUGAAUGAUAAUGAUGAUGAACAACUCACUCAUUAUGGUAUGGCAUUGGGUAAUCAUAUGGCCGAUGAUUAUGAAGCCGAUGAGGAUGAUGAAUUGUUGGAGGAGGAGAAGAUGGUAGGAAGGAGACACUCUUCAUCCGAGCAGGAUAAUGUUGGCGCGGAUGGUAUGCCAAUGGAGAAGACAAGAGACGAGAUAUACAAGGAGAUCAUUGAGAAGUCUAAGCAGGGUCGUGCCGACAGGGCCAAGGAGAAGAUGGCCAAGGAGGACAUGACCAGACAGCUCGAUGAGGACUUUGACGACAUUCGCUCGAGCAACGUGCUCAUCGAGAGGAGAAAGGUUGAGGGCGACCCCCUGCUCUCACUGUUCCCAUCCGAGCAACAGAAGCAAGACCAGCAGAAUCAGCAACAACAGAGUGGAAUAUUCGCGAGCAACAACAACAGCAACAACCCAUAUGAUGAUUAUGAGAGUCUGGUCAUGGAGUUGGCAAAUGAUGUCAAGGCCAAGGCUACCGAUCGUAUGAAGACGCCAGAGGAGUUGAUGAAGGAGGAGAACGAGCGAUUGGAAAAGUUGGAGGAGGACAGACUCAAGAGAAUGAGGGGCGAGAUCGUCGAGGAUGAUGUCGCGCCCAAGAAGCAGACCAGAUGGGCAAAGAGACAGGAGAAGCUCACCAAAGACAAGGUCAACAAGCCAACCAGACCAACUGCCGACGACCUCAACGAUGAGGACUUUGCCAUGGAUCUCGGUAACGAGAGUGCUCCAUGGUAUAAUGAUGGAGAGGCAGCCAAGAAUGAUGAAGAGGAUGGCGAGGAUAGUGACGAAGAGGAAGGUGAUGAGGAUGAGGACGAUGAGGAGGCAGAGGCAGAGGAGGAUGACGAGGACGCAGACCUGGACGACAGCGAGGAUGAUGAGAAUGCCGAAGACGACGACGAAGAGGACGAUGAGGACGACUUGGAGGAGCAAAGACUGGAGAGAGAGCUCAAGAAGCUACAGACACAGAAGAAGGCGAGUGAGGAGAUACCAUUCACAUUCGACGUGCCAAAGAGUGUCGACGAGUUGAACCAAUGGCUGGCGGGAAGGAAUCAAGAAGAGAAGGAGUUGGUCUACACAAGAAUCAGAGUGUGCAAUCACAUCUCAUUGAAGCCACAGAACAAGGAGAAGAUGAAGGUCUACCUGCCUGUGCUCUGGCGUCGAUUCGAGCUGAUCGCCAUUGGGCACAACACCCUGGGCGGUCUGGACUGGAAGGAGCUGGACCUGUUGUCAAGAUAUAUAUUUGAGGUUGGAAAGGAUGUGCCUGACAUCCUGGCCUCGACGGCACUGGCCAUGUUGGAGUCAUGCUACCGACGAAGCAUGUCUCGUGUGGACAAGGCAUCGGACAUGGUCAGUGCAUGGCCAUCAGUCAGUGAGAUGUUGACCAUGAAGCUCAUUGGAAACAUCUUCCCAACUUCUGACUACAGUCAUCCAGUCAUCACACCAACCACCGUCGUGAUGGCACACUGCAUCACUCAAUGUCCAAUCAAGUCUGGACACGACAUCAUCUCGUCCCUCUUCCUAUCCACAGUAUUCCAAUUCUAUUUGAAGAGUGCCAACAAGUACUCACCAGAGUUGUCAGCAAUGUUGCUGAGUCUUCUCUCUGUGUUUGUCGAGCACCAGAAGAAGCCGGUAGCCGCAGCAGCCCUAGCCACAAAGGGCGCAUCAAAGAAUGCCUCCAAGACUGAGACCAAGCUAGCACCAGCACAGUCCAACGUCAUGGAUACUCACUGGACUACAUUCAAGUCAUCAAUAUUUGUCCCAACCAUCAUGUUACGUGAUGGCGCACUCACCAUAACCAACAAAGGAAAGAAGCUCAGCACAAUGGAGCCAUCAAAGGAGUUUGACUUUGCCAAGCUCACUCAAUCAAAGCAGGACGACGUCCUGAAGCAAUAUUAUGAAUCCGAUCAGUUCAGAGUGGACCUACUCUACCUGUUACUGUCCAUGACCAGACAGUACGUGGAGCAGGGCAACAAGUCUGACCAACGCCAAUCACUGCCAUCAGUAUUCACAUUGUUCCUCGGUCUGUUGAAGGCAAUCGACGCCAAGGACUUCCAUCCAACGAUCAAGGAGAAACUCAAUCACGUGAUUGAAACCAUCACCAAUAGAAUAGCGUCCAUCGUCGAUGAGCGUGUGCCUCUGACACUCCAGGAGUUCCACGAGCAUGGAGACGACCCCGAUGCCGUGCGCCAGGAGACCAAGAAGCUAAAGGCACUGCACAAGAAGGAGACCAAGGGUGCCAUCAGAGAGUUGAUGAAGGACAACACCUUCAUCCAGCAGGAGAAGUCAAAGAAGCGCGCAAUCGAGCGACAGGAGAUCGAGGCCAGCAGAAAGAAGAUCAUGUCAGAGCUGGAACAGGAGCAGAGCGAGGCCAAGCAAUUCAAGAAGUUGAAGGACAGGCUAGACGGCAGAAUAUAA